AUGAAAAAUGUUCUUAUGCAAAAAAGGGACUAUAAAUUCUUAUAAAUAAUAGGAUAAGGUUCAUUUGCAAAAGUUUAUUUAGCUGAGAAUAGCUAAAAACAAUAAUUUGCUAUAAAAGUAAUUUCAAUAGAUUUCGAUGGUUCUCAAUCAUAAAAAUAACUUUAAUAUUUUGAAUAAGAAAUCUAAAUUUAUAAAAAUAUUUAGAACGAUAAUGUAGUAUCUUUAAUAGAAGAGUUUAGAGAAAGUGAUGAAAUAUAUUGUGUCUUUGAAUAUUGUAGUAAUGGAGAUUUAAAUAAUUUCCUUAAAAAUAGUAUUUUAGAUGAAGAUGAAAUCAAAUCUAUAUUUAUAGAAAUAUUAAAAGGAAUGAAAUACAUUUAUUAAAAAGGAAUAGUACACAGAGAUUUAAAAAUUGAUAAUAUUUUGAUUGAUGAAAAUAAAGUUGUAAAAAUAGCUGAUUUUGGAUUUGCCAAGUAUUACAGUAAAAAUGAUAUCUUAACAUCAUAUUGUGGUACACCAGCAACAAUGGCUCCAGAAAUUUUAAAGUAAUUAAAUUACAAAUAUAAAGUUAAGAAUAAUAUGAUUAUAAAUGUGAUAUAUGGUCUUUAGGUGUUAUACUUUAUUAUAUGAUAUAUCGUAAAUACCAUUUUAGUAAUAAGGUAAGGAGUUUAAUAGAUUUAGCAAAAGAAUUAAAAAAUUUUUAAGUAUUUUAUUCUCAUAGAAUUAGCUUAAAUUUGAUGAAAAUAAAUUCAAAUUAUCAGAUAUUGGAAAAGAUUUUUUAAGUAAAAUGUUGGAUACAAAUAAAACAACUAGAAUUGACUAUGAAAAUUUAUUUGCUCAUCCUUGGUUAUAAGGAGCUCUUAUAGAUUAAGAUAAUAUGAAAAUUUCAAAGAUUAUUAUAAAUAAAUAGUUUGUAAAUUAGGAAUCAAGAUUAAUAGGAGGAAUUGUAAGAAAAUUUAAAGAUUUAAAAACAUAAUUCUUAACAAAACUUAACCAAUUAUAAAUAUUAUGUAAUGAUUAGAUUGCUAAAUAAUAAUUAGUCAAAUUACAUAAAUUAAUAGAUAUUGAAAAAUAACAUGUACUAUAUUAUUUAUUAAUAAUAGUUUAAUUUUUAAUGUUCAAGCAUAAUACAAAAAUAAAAUGUUCCUAUUAUUGAUUAUAAAGUUGAAUCUUAUAAAACUUUAGAGGUAAUAUACAAAUAAAUUUAAUUUAAUAAUUUAGAUAUGGUUAUAAUAGAAUCUUAACUUAUAGAUUUUUUAAAUUAAUAUCCUCUUUCAAAUAGCAUAACAAUCAUAUUAAAAGGAUAGUAUACUUAUGAAGAACUUGAAAAUGUUUAAUAAAACAUAAGAGAAGUUGAUAUGGAUUUGAAUUUUUAGGAAUUAAAUCAUUUAUUUAUAUUAGAAACAGAAUAAUUAAAUUUCUAAUUAAAAAAUCGUGUUGAGAUGUGUCAUUUAGGACGUCAACUUAAACUUGAAGGAAUGUAAAUCUAAUAAUUCCAUUAAAAUCAUAUAAAUAAACCCUUAAUUGAUUUAUAAUUAUGA